GAUUCAUAUGGGAUUAUUCAACUUGUGUUAUGCAGUUCAUUUGAAGAUACCUUUUUCAUUGUUUCACUAUAUAUAUAUUAAAAUUGCCUAGCUGUAAAUUUACUUUUUUUUCCUUACAUCAACCUAAUGUCAAUGUCUUCUUUUAAUAUUUGAGAGAUUCCAGCAUCCCAUGCUUUCCUUUUAGACUAUCAUCUCCUUUUUUGAAGAAUUGCAAUGAUUAAUAUCAAGAACCACUCAUUUGAUUCAUCUGUCUUUUCUUUCUUUUUAAAAAUUCUUUUACAAAGUUAUGUUUAAGUUGUAUUUUGAUGAAAGGGAUGAGAGUGCACAUGGGAUGUGCUUUUUUGAUGAAUAAUUUUUAUUUUUAGAUAUAAUUGAAGUGUUUCUUUUCUUUUUCUUCCUUUUUUUUAGGGUCACAUGAAACUAAUGAUUUGUCUUAUAUAACUGAAACCUCAAAAAAAUAAACUACCGACUUAGAAAAACAUUAUGGAACAUCAUGUACGCACGCGCUGUGGUUCUGUGUCUGUUAUAGUUUAUGGGGAUCAAGACAAGCCUGCACUAAUUACAUAUCCGGAUUUGGCGUUGAAUUAUAUGUCUUGUUUCCAAGGAUUGUUCUUUUGUCCAGAAGCGGCCUCUUUGCUGCUGCACAACUUCUGCAUUUAUCAUAUUAGUCCUCCCGGACAUGAGUUGGGAGCUGCUCAAAUUUGUCCAAGCACUUCUUCGUAUUCUGCCGAUGACUUGGCCGAUCAGAUUCUCGAGGUUCUCAACUUUUUCAGGCUAGGUGCAGUGAUGUGCAUGGGAGUAACGGCGGGUGCUUACAUUCUUACUCUAUUUGCUAUAAAAUACAGAGAACGUGUUCUUGGUUUGAUACUUGUAUCCCCGCUUUGCAAAGCACCUUCUUGGACUGAAUGGUUUUAUAACAAGGUGAUGUCAAACUUGUUAUAUUUUUACGGAAUGUGUGGACUGCUUAAAGAAAUUUUGCUUCAACGAUACUUUAGUAAGGAAGUUCGUGGUAAUGCAGAAGUUCCUGAAUCAGAUAUUGUUCAAGCAUGCCGAAGAUUACUGGAUGAGAGAUACGGGUCAAACGUGAUGCGAUUUCUUCAAGCCAUUAAUAGAAGACCUGAUCUUACCAGUGGGUUGAAAAGACUAAGAUGCCGUACCUUAAUAUUCGUUGGGGAUAGCUCACCUUUUCAUUCCGAGGCCCUCUAUAUGACAUCCAAGUUGGAUAGAAGAUUUAGUGCCUUAGUCGAGGUCCAGGCUUGUGGAUCAAUGGUGACUGAAGAACAGCCACAUGCGAUGCUAAUACCGAUGGAAUACUUCUUCAUGCGGUACGGUUUGUAUAGGCCUUGUCCUUUAAGUGACAGCCCAAGGAGCCCGUUAAGUCCGUCUUGCAUCUCACCGGAGCUACUCUCACCAGAAAGCAUGGGUUUGAAGCUAAAACCGAUAAAAACCCGAGUUUCACUCGAAGUUUGACAAGUUGGGGGACUAAAAAAAACGAUGGAAAAAUUCCUUUUGUUGUUAAGAUUUUACUUUUUUUUUUUUUUUUUUCGGUUCAUUUUUGUCUUUUGGAAAAAGGAAAAUCAUGUGUAAGGAUAGAAGAAACACAGUUUGGGUAAGUGGGAGGUGGUGGAGAGGAGGAUGUAGAUAAAGAAGCAAGAAUAUAGGGAUUAUUAUUGUUAUUAUUAAAAUUAUUAUAUAAUAAUGGGUAAAAAACAUGGAAUCAUUCUUUUGUAGUCAGUCAUAAAGAGGAGUCAAUUGAACUUUGUAUGUAAAUUCUAAGGAGAUUUCGGAUUUUUAUUUAUGAUGAAUGAUGAGCAACCAAUAAUUAUAUA